CUUUCUUUCUUCCCUUUCACCAAUCAUCAAAACAUCACCUUCUCUCUCUAGCAAACAUCCUCGGACUCUUUGAAUCCCAAGCCCAACUUUGAUUCAUACAUUAGUUUGUAUAGGAUCCCUUUUUGCGCAAUUACUUUGCCGGGAGUUCAGGUUCAUCGUCGAAAGAGAUUCUGUUGCGCUUCAGAACUCAUCAGCACUACUGGCUCCACGACGGCAGGGGGCUCGUAGAAAACAUCACAGUUUCUCCAGUCUGUCGUCCUUCUACCAAUUCUAUGUAAUUGUAAGCAAGAAAAGUGGAAAAACCCUCACAACUACAACUCCAUUUCCGAUCGCCCUCCCGUCAUCUCAACCCAAGAGCACUACUCCUCUGCGCAAACAUCCACACCAUCACAUUUGAUAUUUCGCCAUGACUACCUCAAUUGGCGAUCUGUCCGAAGAUCUGCUACUCAAGAUAUACGAUGAUAACUUGCGCGACAGACCAUCUCUCCUGGCUGCCGUGAAGGUCAACAAGAGGUGGUACGAAGCCCUGACGAAACUGCUGUGGCGCCGCGCACCAAAGUCUGCUCUCUGUCCUAUCCAAUCGCUGUCACUGCGACAAGCUCGCGCAGAGCACAUGACAAAGAUUGAAAACAUCACAUCCAGCGACCGCACAGAUCAUCAACAUCUUGAGUUCAAAUCCCUCAAAUCUGUCGACAUCCACAUCACCGAUACUUCAAACAUGGCUUCCUUCCGCCCAUACUUGCAGGUCGGCUUGGAAAUCGUGCGCUUCACUAGCCCCGUUGAGUUCACGCCCGAAAUCGUUGACGGGCUUAAGAAGUGCACAAACAUCAACACUCUCGUGUUCCUCCAGAGGCUGAACACAUCAGAUACACGUCUGUUAAUUGACUUCUUCCGUGGAUUCGAGCACCUCCGCAGUGUGUAUUUCGAACAUCCCAUUCAUCUUGUCGAACAAAGGAAUUCAACCUGCCUAUCGGCCGCAAUUUGCGCCGCGAUGCUCGACCAGUCUACCGUUCAAAGUCUGAGCAUUCACCACGAACUUGGCUCAGAUUUUGAGCAAUUACAGAAGAGCAUGACCAAUCCAACUCCAAUCAACAAAGUCUCAUACCUGAGUCUAAGAGGUGCAUUCUAUUGCAUCAGCCCGGUUCUUUCUGUGGUGGUAAGGACCUUGACAACUCUGAAUUUGCGCAUCACAACCAGCGGUAUUGGAGGAACGUGCGCCUUGAUUGGUCGUCUGUCUCAAUUGAGGUUCCUCGUCCUCCAAUUACCGCCCGAUACCGGGUUGCAACAUCACGAUCUCGAAGCUCUGGGUGGUCUCUCUACGCUCUACCAUCUCUGGAUCACCACUUCACGCGAUACAAUGACAAGCCCAUUAUCGCUCGUCUGGUUGUCGGAUGAAGACUUCAUGCAAUGGUUGACAAGGUUUGAGUGCCUACAAGAUCUUCGUUUGCACUGGCUCUGCCCUUUGCUCGGUCAAGAGUCUUUCGUCACGAUAGCUACUCACUGUUCUGAGCUUCGUGCCUGUGAGAUCUCUUGGAACCUCGACCUGCGCGCCUGGCAGUAUCUGAAAGACAUGGCGUAUACUAUGCUCAAGCUGAGAUACUUGACAAUCAGCGAAGUUGACGCGUUCGGAGGACCAGGCCUUGAUGUUGAAGAGGUAAAAACCGCAGCUGAGGAGCACAUCAAUACCCUCCGUUCUAUCGCGCCAAACCUUCUCGAGUUCGAUGCUUCCGAACGGAGCAAUGAGAGCCUAGUUUUGAGAGAUGCAUUCUCGCCCCUCAUCGGUCCACUCGACUAUGACUCGGUGUACGAGAUGUAGAGUCUUGAGUGUAGUCUGACAGACUUGAUCAGAAUGUCCGUGGAUGGCGAAGUAUUAUGGCAAUAGACUUCCUAACGUGUAUUUUCCUCGUAAAAAAGAAUCAAGCUUUCAAAGUCUCCACUACUUGUC